GUUGUUGCCGAUCGGUCAACGCUUUCCUCCUUGAUAUUUUUUCGAACGCUACCCAUCAGACCAGCCCGGACUUCCCCCUCCUUCGGGUCGUAUCAUACCAUAUUUUCUCUUGCCUUUACCAGCAGGUAACCCCCCUCUCCCCAAGCCUGCCUUUUCUUGAAGAAGUCUUGAAUUUUGGCGGUCUCGACCGACCGGCACACGCGUCGUGGUUCGGGGUGCUCGGUCGUCGCCUCUCAAAAAGUCAAUUAGUUUUCUUAAUUGGCCAGCAUGGCGACCAUGUCCGCUGCCCCGACUUCCACAGCCACCAUACCUUCUUCGACCUUGAUCAGUCAUGAUGCGCUCGACGGGUGGGAGCCUUCGGGCCCUUCCGGAGACAAGCCGUCGCUGCACAACGAUGAGAACGCCACCAAACAACGCACAAACGGAAACCUGCCGAAUCCUUACGACUAUGGCUUCGACCCUUUGCCUCCCUCUAAGAAGAAGUCUUCGAGUGAACACAUUCCCUCCGUGAAAGGGGCGCGUUCAUGGGAUAGGAGCAAUAGAUCGUCCGACGCCUCGGCCAAGCCCUUCCUGCACGAUGAUAUAUCCUCGAGACGAGCCGGCACAGGUGAUAAACGCACCACAUCAGGCGCGGUGCCGGAGAUUGGAGAAGAGGAGGACUCAAAAUGGAUCCAUCGCGACAAGCUGGCCAAGAUUGAGAGCCGAGAACUGCAGGCUGCUGGCAUCGUAGUUCCUCGAUCCCGCGCCAGCAGCAGGCCCCGCAAGGGUCACAGUCGCGAGCGUCCCACUGGUCCGAAACGAGCACAUUCUGCUUCUGCUUCGGCCGAGGGCUCGGAGUCUCAAGAUGGCAAUUUUCCGUCCUCGCGCCACAGAAAGAAUUCAACCGUCACUGAGAAUCACAUCACCGACACCCAGUACCCGAGCUGGGAUUUGCGCCGGCCCGAAGAAAUCGAGGCGGAGCGCGAAGGGUAUUGGAUCUCCAGUGAAACCCUGAACGGAGGCUCCAAGAUUCCCGUGGCCAAGGCGAGCCCUGUUCCGAUUCCCGAAGUCUUUCUCGACCGAUCGUCUCCCGCCAGCCGGACACAGAGCGACGCCGCAGGCGAGCAUGAUUCGAUUAGUUAUCCCAAAACAAGGUCGAGGAGUGGCAGUGCCAACGCUCUCAACAACCCCGCUCACAACUCUAGACGGUCUGCUACGGACGUUUCGCCCAAGAAAGGCACGGCAACGGGAUCACGUAAAACCUCGGCCCCGGUGUCCAAGGCAAACGGUUCGGCCAACGGCCGGCCUAAGACCCGAAGCGGGUCCAACAACAGCAGCAACGGCACGACACGCCCGUCGACGAGGUCGGGCGAGCUAGGCCCCACCAUCAGCAACGGCAGCAACAACAACAAGCAACCCGAAGGAGAUCCUCCCUGGAUGGUCGGGUCCUAUAAGCCCGACCCGCGUCUACCGCCCGACCAGCAGCUUCUUCCGACCGUCGCGAAGCGCCUGCAGCAGGAGAAAUGGGAGAAAGAGGGCAAAUUCGGCAACAUCUACGACAAGGAAUUCCGACCCUUGACGGACGAUGGCCUUCUCAGGCCUCCCGAACCUGCCGCCUCCGGCGCGUCGCAGGACGAGGAGAAGCAGGGGCAGCCGGACGAGUGGCCGCUGAAACCGGAGCAGAAGAGCUCUUCGGCGAUAAAACAGGGCACCUCGUACUCGACCAUACCCAGAAUCUCCGAGAAGCCACCGGGGAGUCCGCUACCGAGUCCUCUGGCGAGCUCACGUCCUCCGACCGCUCAGCCACAACAAGCGUCUGGUCAACAAACCGUCACGAGGGUCCCUGAACCGCCAGGUGAGGACGCGGGCAAAAAGAAGGACGGCUGCGGAUGCUGCAUCAUCAUGUGACCUAGUCUGCAUCGACCAUUGCUUGCUUUUCCCUGUUAAUUUUUCUCCUCCCCCAUCCCCAUACUUUCUGCCUAGCAGAGUCCCAAGUCGCUGGCCGAUUACGACGUUAUGA